AUGGUUACAAUCCCUGAUGGGUUAGAAUCCUCUGACCACAGAAGCGAUGUCGGAAAACAGACAGAAUCCAUUUUUACAGUCAUGCCGGGUAAGCUGAAGGAUAUUAUUGAACGGACUAACUCUGAAAGUGAUAAAAUAAGCUGUUUAAUUGCUGACGCUCACAUGGGUGGGGCUUUGGAGGUUUCAGAGAAAAUGGGAAUCAAGAGAGCAGCUUUCUGGCCGGCUUCAGCCGCAAUAUUCGCCCUGGUCGUCAAAAUUCCAAGCCUUAUUGAUGAUCGGAUCAUUAACAGUGAUGAUGAGUUACUUGAGAAUACCAAUGAAAAAUCAGGUAAUUCAGUUUUCACCAGCUAUACCCGGAUAAAAACUGUGGAUUUGAACUGGACCUACUUUAUACCCAUACAUCCUCUUCCGGCAAGCAAUCGGCUUGGAGAAUCCGUAGGAAACUUUUGGAGAGAAGACACAGGUUGCCUUGCAUUGCUUGAUCAACAACCAUCUAACUCUGUCAUUUAUGCUGCAUUUGGAAGCUUCACAAUAUUUGAGCAGAAUCAGUUCCAAGAACUGGCUCUUGGCCUUGAAAUGACGAACCGGUCAUCGUUGUGGGUUGUGCGGCAAAACAUACCGAAGAUGUGGACAAUGCAGAUCCGAUGGGUUUCAAAAGAAAGAGUGCGCCAUCAAGGGCGGAUGGUGAGUAGGGCACCGCAACAAAAACUACUAUCUCAUCCUUCUAUUGCCUGUUUUAUCAGCCAUUGUGGUUGGAAUUCUACCGUUCAAGGGAUAUGUAAUGGAAUCCCUUUUCUGUGCGGACCCUAUUUCCUAGAUCAGAUUUUUAAUCAGAGUUACAUUUGUGAUUAUUUGAAGAUUGGUUUAAAACUGAAUAAAGAUAAAAGUGGAAUCAGACACCGAGAAAUUAAUAACAAGUUGGAACAAGUCUUGGGUGAUGAAGGAUUUAAAGAAAGGGCUUUGGAUCUUCAAGCAAAGAUCUUGAAUGUUAAUUUCAAGGGUGCAAUGGGUUCUUAUGGAGGAAUUUUUCAGGAGAUGGAGGUGUACGAUGAAGAUUUUUGUGGUCUGGAAUUCGCCGGCUUGGAUGUUUGGUGUUCGGCAGCAGAGAGGAUUGGAGAGUCUUCUUUAUCACAACAGAAAUGCCCGUGUGGUGGUGCUUUGACAAUUGAGCUGAAUUUCUUCAGUGGGUUUAUGAAAGAUGGUUUGUUCAAUAGGUUCCAAACUCAGAUGACUCCUGGAGAGAGGAAGGAGCAACAGAAGAAUGAGGCGGCAUUGCACUGA